AUGCUGCGCUCCGUCGGCCGCCAAUUGCACGCCCCUCGCAAUCCCGCCGUGCUCCCCCCGCGCCUGUCCACCGCUGCUCGACGGGGCUAUGCCGCCCUCACGGAUGUCGCCAACUUUCCGCAUGUCGGCGAGCAGCUCCACGGCUUCACCCUCAAGCGCAUCAAGCAGGUGCCCGAGCUGGAGCUGACGGCGCUGCACCUCCAGCACGACAAGACGGGCGCCGAGUAUCUGCACAUUGCCCGCCAGGACACAAACAAUGUCUUCUCCAUUGGCUUCAAGACCAACCCGCCAGACGCCACCGGUGUGCCACACAUCCUGGAGCACACCACGUUGUGUGGCAGUGAAAAAUAUCCCAUUCGCGAUCCCUUCUUCAAGAUGCUCCCCCGCUCGCUUUCCAACUUCAUGAAUGCCUGGACCUUUGCCGACCACACUGGCUAUCCCUUCGCCACGACCAAUGCGCAAGACUUCAAGAACCUCAUGUCCGUAUACCUCGAUGCGACGCUGCACCCGCUUUUGAAGGAGAAUGAUUUCACGCAGGAGGGGUGGCGCCUGGGACCCGAGAACCCGCUCGCCAAAGACUCGGACGAUCCGGACGCAAAGCGCAUUGUGUUCAAGGGUGUUGUGUACAACGAGAUGAAGGGGCAGAUGUCGGAUGCAAGCUACCUGUUUUACACUAGGUUCCAAGAGCAUCUCUAUCCGGCCAUUAACAACUCUGGAGGCGACCCGCAGAAGAUCACCGACCUGACCUGGGAGCAGCUGCGCAAGUUCCAUGCGGACCACUACCACCCGAGCAACGCCAAGAUUCUCACCUAUGGCGACAUGCCAUUGGAAGAGCAUCUCAAAGAGGUCGACAGCCGCCUGAGUAGCUUCACCAAGAUUGCUGUCGACCAGGAAGUGAAGGCGCCAAUCACGCUGGACGGCCCAAAGGAGGUAACCGUCGCUGGCCCCCUGGACCUGCUAGUACCUCAAGACCGACAGUACAAGACCUCUGUGACGUGGCUGAUGGGCGACACUGCUGAUGCUGUAGAGAACUUUGCUCUCGGCGUGCUCAGCAGCCUGCUCAUGAGUGGCUACGGAUCACCCUUGUACCGCAACCUCGUUGAAUCUGGGCUCGGGGCAGACUUCAGCGCCAACACUGGUUACGAUAGUGCAGGAAGGCGAGGCACCUUUUCAAUAGGCUUGGAUGCAGUCAAGAAAGAAGAUGUGCCCAAGGUGCGUCAAGUCAUUGGAGAGACCUUACUCGAAGCCCGAAAGAACGGCUUCGACAAGAUCAAGGUGGAUGGUAUUUUGCACCAGCUGGAACUCUCGUUGAAACACAAGACAGCCAGCUUUGGCAUGGGCAUUCUUCAGCGGCUCAAGCCGGGUUGGUUCAACGGCAUUGAUCCAAUGGACGCUCUUGCGUGGCAAGAAACCGUGGAAGCCUUCCAGAAGAAGUACGCCGAGGGCGAUUAUCUGGAGGGUUUGAUUGAGAAAUACCUCCUCAACGACAAGACGUUGACCUUCACCAUGCGGCCUUCGGAAACUUUUAGUCAAGAGCUUGCAGACGAAGAAAGCCAGCGACUAGCAGCGAAAAUCUCAGAGACCACCAAGAAGUUUUCAAGCGAGCAGGAGGCGCAGAAAUAUUUGGAGGACCGAGAGCUUCAACUACUGGAAGUACAAGAGAAGGCCAGAAACGAAGAUUUGAGCUGCCUGCCUACAGUUCACGUCAAGGACAUUCCGCGAGAAAAAGAGAGGAAGCCACUCCGCCAUACCGACGUAGACGGCGUCAAAGUACAAUGGCGCGAGGCGCCCACAAACGGUCUGACAUACUUUCGUGCUGUGCACAAGCUACAGGAUCUCCCAGACGAGUUGCGGGAAAUGAUCCCGCUCUUUACGAGUGCUAUUAUGCGCCUGGGUACCAAGGACAAGACUAUGGAACAGCUCGAGGAACAGAUUAAACUCAAGACUGGUGGUAUCACUGUCGGUUACCAUUCGUCUCAGUCGCCAUUGUCACUCGAUGCCUACGAAGAGGGUAUGGCUUUCUCCGGCUAUGCAUUCGACCGCAACAUCCCCGACAUGUACGAGCUUCUUCGGACCAUCAUACAAGAGACCGACUUUGAUGGACCCGAAGCAGAGAAGAAGAUUCGGGAGCUACUGCAGAGCUCAGCAAGUGGCGCAAUCAGCUCCAUCGCCGAGUCUGGUCAUUCUUUUGCCAUGCGGUUUGCUGAGGCAGGUAUAAGUCCAGUGGGGCGCCUAGCAGAGGAAACUGGAGGUCUCACUCAGAUCAAGGCCAUGACUGCCCUGGCGUCGCAAGAGUCGCUCAGCGAUGUCAUCCAGAAGCUCAAGGCUAUCCAGUCGUUUACGAUUGCGAACAGCAACCAGCUCCGCGUUGCACUCAAUUGUGGAAGCGAGAGUUCAGCACCUAACCAAGAAGCGCUCAGGCGGUUCUUGAACACGCUACCAAAAAACGUUUCGGUGCCCAAGACGGCACAGCAGAAACAAUAUCCCCGCAACGCAAAGUCGUUCUUUCCGCUGCCUUACCAAGUUUACUACUCGGCUCGCGCUGUGCCAACAGUGCCUUACACCCACGCUUCUAGCGCACCUCUGGAGAUCCUCUCCAAGCUCCUCACCUUCAAGCAACUACAUCCCGAGAUCCGUGAAAAGGGAGGCGCUUACGGCGGAGGCGCCUACGCCCGUGGCCUCGGUGGUGUCUUUGGCAUGUACUCGUACCGCGAUCCCAACCCGCAGAAUAGUAUGAAGAUCAUGGCCGAAGCCGGACAAUGGGCACGUGACCGAGCAUGGACAGCUCAAGAUCUUGAGGAAGCCAAACUUAGUGUAUUCCAGGGCCACGAUGCCCCGCAGAGUGUCAGCCGUGAAGGUAUGCGAGAAUUCCUUUCCGGUGUCACCGACGACAUGCUCCAAACCCGACGUGAGCGCCUACUCGACGUCACGGCCGAGCAGGUGCAAGCCGUAGCCGACCAGUUCCUCGUCCAGCGCGCCCAAGAAAGCAGUGUUGCUAUCCUCGGCGAGAAGAAGGAAUGGGUCAAGGAGAACGAUGGCUGGCAGUUCAGGGACUUGGGCAUGUCGGAAGCUACCAAAGCAGCAGAAGAGGCAGAGGGCGUUCCGCAGAAGGAAGACGGCGUCCCAGCCGUUGCCAGUUGAGGCAGCCACAUUACGGCUUUAUGACUGUGUAUAGUAAAUGUAUGAUACGCGAAGACGUUAGCAUUGCCGGCGUUGGCAUUUGG